AUGGCUAGAGGGGGUUUAAAACAACAGUUAAAGCAUCAUCAAUUAGUUGAAUCUAUUGAUAAAUCAAAAUCAAAGCCAGUCCACAAAAAGAAAGAAGAGAUCAUAGAGCAAGAACAGGAUGAUGAUGAAUCAGAAGAAAUUCCAGUACCUGUUCAACCAAAGAAAGUAAAGAAAUCUAAAAAUAAGAAGGAUGACGGUGAUUAUCAGAGUGAAGUUUUGUCUAAGAAAGAACAAAGAAAGUUAAAGAAAUUACAAGCUGAAAAGGAACAAGAAGUAGUAGAAGAGGAAGCUGAUUCUGAAGAGGAUGAAGAAGAAGAAGAAUUAGAUUUGGAAAGAUUGGCAGCUAGUGAAAGUGAAAGUGACAUCAACGAUGAAGAAGAUGAAGAUGAAUCAGACGAUGACGACGAAGAAGAAGAAGAAGCAGAUGCUGACGAAGAUGCUGCAGAAGAAGAAGAUGUUCCAUUAUCAGAUGUCGAAAUUGAUUCCGAUGCCGAUAUAGUUCCACACACCAAAUUGACCAUCAAUAAUAUGGCAGCCUUAAGGGAAUCAUUAGCUCGUAUUGAAUUACCAUGGGCUAAGCAUGCAUUCACCGAACAUCAAUCUGUUGUCAGUGCUGAAAAAUCAGAAACCCAAAUCAAGGAUAUUUAUGAUGAUACUGAAAGAGAAUUAGCAUUCUAUAAACAAGGUUUAGAUGCUGUUAAACAAGCCAGAGCCACAUUAUUGAAAUUAAAGGUUCCAUUCUCAAGACCAAUGGAUUAUUUUGCUGAAAUGGUUAAGAGUGAUGAACAUAUGGAUAAAUUAAAGAAUAAAUUAUUGACUGAAGCAGCAAAUAAGAAGGCAUCUGAAGAAGCUAAGAAACAAAGACUGUUAAAGAAAUUCGGUAAACAAGUCCAACAUGCUACUUUACAAGAAAGAGCUAAACAAAAGAGAGAAACUUUAGAUAAGAUUAAAUCAUUGAAAAAGAAGAGAGGUGCUAACGAAUUAGGAAAUGAUGAUGAUUUCCAAAUUGCAUUAGAAGAAGCUACUCGUGAAGAUAAUAAUGGUAGAGGUGGUGAUAAUAAGAGAAGAAAACCAAACUCUAAACGUUUGGCCAAGGAUUCUAAAUAUGGCUUUGGAGGAAAGAAGAGAUUAAGUAGAGAAAAUGACGCUCAAUCAUCCGCUGAUAUUAGUGGAUUUUCUAGUAAGAAGAUGAAGGGUAAAUCUUCUAGACCUGGUAAAUCUAAACGUACUAGAAGAAAUUAG